AUGACAUUAACUGGUAAUGACUUGAGACGAUGGAUAAUUUUAAUGCUCAUUGGGCAAGUAUUAGCUGUGUCUUAUAAUCAACCAAAAUUCUGUCCAAAUCCAGCAUUUGAUUUAAAUGCUACCACUUUUGCAGAUAUCAGUACAAUUGGCACAGAACCAUACGA